UUUCGGGCUAUAGAGAUGCCUUUGAAAUGAGCGAAAUGGUGUGUAACGAGAACCUUAGCAAAAAGUUAGCAGGGAGGCUAUGUGAGUUAGCAAACUUCCCGUUUACAGUGCCACAUCGUCAGAAACAAAGCUGAGCCAAGCGCGAUGAUUAAUGCCAUUGACACGCUGUCGUUUGCUGUUACACGUACUUCUUUCUGAUGCUGCAUCUCGAUGUUACAUCUUUGUUUUGUUUGAAUUUCUCCAGGUUAGCAAUUUACAAUAGCUUCAGGGUUUCAAUCUCAGCCAAAUCCCCUUGGGUUGACGUGCGCAAUGUCAUCAAGAGGCGUCGUCCUCCGUAUGCAAACCUUUACAAGACCGGUGGAGGGGACAGAAGAGACAGAAACCUCUACAGCAUUUGGAUAACCUGCUUCCAAGGCAGCCAUGGCUCAGGAGGAGGAGAAAGACGAUCUGGUGGUUGAGGAGCCCAAGGAGGUGGACCUGUUUACAUCGUUACGAUGUCUGGGUUAUCUCUCCAGCAUCAACCUUCUCGUAGGAGUGUGUGUAGGCAUGUAUGUAAGAUGGGAGGUGACGAGCGAACCCAUGAUUCUGGUCAUCUUCAUCCUGGGUCUGUUUGUCCUUGGUAUAGCCUGCAUUCUCCAUUACUACUUUGCUAUGGAGAAGGCGAGUCUCAGCCUGUACCAUUUGUGGUUUGGUUUUCUGCUCGGACUCCUUUGCUUCCUUAACAGCCCGGUUUUGGAUUCGGAUGUCAAAGAACUGGUGACCAACUAUCUCCUCCUCGCCAGUGUAAUUAUUAAAGCACUAUGGGCAGUAACUGAGCGAAUAUGCACUUCUGUGAAUUACAAAUCGACUUUGUUGACCUCUGCUGAGCUGCAGGAGCUCUUGGGAUUCGGAAUUGCCAGCACCGCAAUGCACCUUAACAAGUCGAUGGCCAUCAUUUGGUUGGUAGUGGCCCUCGGAGCUCUCAUCGUGGACCUGAGGAUGAAAACCCUCCUGGCCUUGCCCAAUCUGGUCUGUUUCGCCUUGGUUACAUCCUUGGUGUUUUUUCAGGCCUUAAAUAUCACAGCUAACCCCUUCGCUUUGGGCUGUUACUUGGGCCGGCUCCUGUGUGAGCCAGUGCUGGAUGUGUACUUCAGUGGGCUCGGGCCCAGUGACCGCUGGAUGCCAGUGCUGUCUCUGGGGAAGAUUUGGAGGCGGUUAUCCCUGCUUCCUCUGAGCGUCAUGGAGAUUGCCUUCUUUGUCCAGGCUGCUUUUAAGCUGAGCCACCUGCAGCAGUGGUAUCUCGUUAUCCCAGGUUUUCUUCUCUUUGGCCUUUUCUGGUCCAUUUGCCACAUCAUUUUGGUCAUCACAGUUUGGGGUUUCCAUACUAAACUGAACGACUGUCAGAAGGCCUGGCGGGUCCAGCGGUCCAACAGUCUAAGUCUGGAACAAGUCAUGGCGUCCAGGGGCAUCCGACACUUCUGCCUCAUUUCGGAACGGCUUGUGUUCUUUUGCCUUUUGUCGACUGUGAUAAUGGGAGCUGUGUCCUGGCAGCUCAACAAUGGUCUCUUUCUCGCCGCUCUGCUGAUGGUGUUGCCUUUGGAGUCUCUCUGCCUCGGCUUGUUCCAUGAGUUGGGCAGCUGCUUGGGAGGAACCUGUAUUGGCUACGCCCUGGUCAUACCUACCGCAUACUCCAGUGGCGAUGGGCAGCCCACACUCCUCCCACCAGAGCAGGUGCUGCUGUUGAACCAGCGCUCGACCGGGAUGCUCAACAACGUGCAGCGCCUCUUCUCCCACCACAUGGUCCAAACAUUCGGCUGCGACUACUCUACCGGCGGCGUGACACUGGAGACCGUGCAGAGCAAACUGCGGGACUUUUUGGAGCGUCGCACCGCGGACGGGCCUCGCCACGACACGUAUCUUAUUUUCUACAGUGGACACACACACAAAGGCACCGGGUCGUGGGUCCUGGCAGGAGGCGAGAGACUUCAUCUGGCACAAAUUCUGGAGCUGUGGAAGGAGAAAAACGCAGGACACUGCUCCCGUCUCAUCAUCAUCUUGGACACGGAGAACUCUCUCCCCUGGGUCAAGGAGAUCCGCAAGGUGGAUGGAAUCUACGUAGCCAUACAGGGGGCGCAGCUCUCCACCAGCGGGGUCGACCCUGAGGCGGGAGAUCUGCCCAUGUUGGGGGACUUCACGUCUGAGUGGGUGGAUUUCAACUGCAACCCGGACAAUGACACGCAAUGGUCAGAUAAGGGGAGGAGCGUGGCGGCGGCGUACGGUGUGUCCAAGCGCUGGAGCGACUACACCCUCCACCUGCCCACUGGUAACGACGUCGCCAACCAUUGGAAGACACACUUCCCUAAGGUCACGUAUCCCAUGGUGCACCUGUCCAACUGGUGCUGCGGUCUCAACCUGUUCUGGAUAUGUAGUGUGUGUCUGCGAUGCUUCAGGAGGUGCAAACUUGCCUGGUUCCCACCUCCUGUACUGGACACUGGGCAGGGCAUCAAACUGGUGCAUUCAUAGGUACUAAGGGAGGCUGCAAUGGUCACUUUGACGCUGUUAGGUUUUGGAUGUUUAUUUUAUGAAAAAAGAAAAUGCCAUAUAUACCAAUAUACAGUACAAAAUAAUCACGUUGAUAGCUCAGCUUCUUACGUAGCUUUUUUGACAUCGUAGUCGACGGAGUACAAUAAACGAACAACUGACGGUAAUGUUAUAUUUGAACUCAUGAUUGAUCGUUUGGUUAAAAACUAAUUAAAGCAAUGCAAAAUGGCUGAGCUUCAGACUGAGGUGCAGCAAUCACAGCUGCUGUGGUAAAAAUGGAUGGGAAAUGGUACUUAUACGUAUGUAUUUUUAUUCAUAAACACCAAGUCAGUGAAAUAUAUGUUAUAUGCAAAUCAGCCAUGACAGGAUGAUUUUGUUUUGGGAUUUUUUUUUUUUUUUUAAUGAUGACGUGCCAUUUUUUUCACUAAUAUUGUACCUUCUAAGGGCUUACAUGUCAGAUACAUUUUUAUAUGUACAUGUAUAUACAGUAUCCUUGCCUUACAUUUUAUUUAUCUUCAGGGGGUUUAGCAGAUAGCGUUCGGUUGAAAAUCAGUGUCUUCCUAAAACCUUGUUUUGUGGCCAAACUCUGUGACCUCGUGGUUAUUGACGCUCUCGACAGCAGAGAUGAUCUGCCACUUUCACUGUGUGGGUUCCUUUUUGUUUUCACAUACCAACUGUUUGAAAACUGCAUGUAUUUCUGCACUGAACAAAGACAAAGGCAUUGGCUGUAUGACAGUACAUCAGCAGACAACAGACAAAAGCCCUGUAUUGUGCCUACUCUUGUUUGUUUGCACAAAUUAAUUAAUAUCGGACAAGUUUCUCUCUACAAAUGCAGUAUGUGCGUGUUCUUUUUUUGUUUUUUUCUCGCUGUUCCUCUUGCUGUUCUAUGAAACAAUGAUCUGUUUUGCCCAGUACCAAAUCAAGCUGUUCCAAGUGUAUUUUACUGGCACACUGACCUCAGCAUCUUUCAUUUCUGUCUUAAUUUACUGUUUCUCCAGUACACACUUUAACUGUGGCUUUGGAUUGUUGCCUUAAAUUUUGAUAUUUUCAAAGAGGUCAAGUGGUUUUUCAUUAUCUUCUCCUGUCUUAAAAGAUCUGAAUUAAACCUUGGAAAUAA